AAAGGGUUGGUGAGAGCAGGGGAGAUGGAAGGUGUCACCCCCAGCCCCGCCGGGAUCGCGGGGGGCCGCGUAGCGACCAGGGGCGAAUGCGGGUUGGGGUUUGGGAGCAGCAUGCGAGCAGGACCGUGCGGGCAGUGGCGGGGGUCGAGCUUAGCGGGGCUGCUGGGUGGGUUCUGCGUGCUCUUCCCUUCGGAUGCCACUCAAAACGAUUGGGAUGCCGGUUUGUUGGUUUGUGUAUAACUGUUGCUCUUCUGCUUAAGUGUUAAAAACUCCAUUUCUGUUAUUGCUUUUUCGUUUUCUUAAAUACCUUUUAUUAUUCAUAAAUUUUUAAUAAAUAUUUGAGUGUCUUUGCAUAUAUUUUUAAUAAAAUUGAUUGAUGUAGUCAGACCAUCUGGCUGAAGAGAUAAAGGCACUCUGAUUUUCCAGCAUGCACCUUAUCAAGUAGUUCAGAAGCGUAGCAGAAGCGUAGGCUGUUUCAGUGAUACUAACAUUUAAUUGCCUGCUGUGCACCUGACGUUGCCUUCUCUUCCCCCUCGGCUCACGUUGCAUUACGCUAGCCAGACAUCACAUGAGCAUAGAUCCCUUGGCGUGUGCAGCUGCCAGAACUGCUGAGUGCCGAAGAAUCUCCAGCGAGGUUAAGGUGGUUUAAUGGAGAGGGUGCUGGAACAGGAACUUGGGAGAUUUUCCUGCACCUGAUAAGGCAUCGAAAGAAAAAUCUGCAUUGUGAGAAGUUGGUGCUCUGUGCACGGACUUGCUCGGUGGAGGUGGCACAAGUUCAGAUAUGAAGAAAAACAGAGCCUUCAUGUGAUCUCCACAAAAGGCACUAGCAGAAAGGGAAGCAGCUGGUUUUCUACACAGGCUGUGCCGAUUUCCAUUUAUUUUCAAUCUGGGACAAACAUAAUGGAUUUGGGACCAAGACAUUUCUCUGAGGAAAUGGAUACGUCUUCCCAAAAAUACCCAGUGAAAAAGCGAGUGAAAAUUCAUCCCAACACAGUAACAGUGAAAUACACUUCUCAUUAUCCCCAGCCUGGGGAAGAGGGAUAUGAGGAUGCCAGUGAAGAGACUGGAGUAUUUGUGGAGGAUAAUCCUAAGAAAAGACUACUGAAUGAUGGGAAGAAGAGAGAAAGGACCUUUUUUGGUACAAUAGACACCAAGCUUCAGCCAGCACAACUGCCAAACCCCGAUGAGAUUGGGCAAUCCCAGCCUCUUCCUGACGGAAACAUACUGCAGUCAAGGAAGACAUGGGUAGUCCUUUUUGGAUCUGCCGUGGCUCAUGGAUGUGUGGCUCUAAUUACAAGAUUAGUUUCUGAUCGUUCCAAGGUGCCAUCUCUAGAGUUAAUUUUCAUCCGUUCAGUUUUACAGGUGCUGUCCGUUACCGUCGUGUGUUAUUACCAUGAGCCUCCCUUUGGCCCCAAAGGCUACAGACUUCGGCUCUUCUUCUAUGGGGUCUGCAACGUUAUCUCUAUUACCUGUGCUUAUACCUCCUUCUCUAUCGUUCCCCCCAGCAAUGGGACCAUCAUGUGGAGGGCCACCACUACAGUGUUCAGUGCCAUUUUGGCUUUUUUACUCGUAGAUGAAGGAAUGGCGUAUGUAGACAUAAUUACUGUCCUUGGCAGUGUGUUUGGCGUUUGUCUCGUCAUGAUCCCCAACAUCGUUAAGGAGCAAAACUCUUUGCUGAGCACGUGGAAGGAAGCUUUUGGCUACACCAUGACGGUUAUGGCAGGUUUGACCACUGCUCUCUCCAUGAUAGUCUAUAGGUCAAUCAAAGAUAACAUCAGCAUGUGGACAGCACUGUUCACCUUCAGCUGGACGGGAAUGGUGUGGGGAGCAUCCACCAUGUUCUUACUUCAGGAGCCAAUCGUCCCACUGGAUGGAGAAACCUGGAGCUAUCUCCUUGCCAUCUGCCUGUGCUCCACAGCAGCCUUCCUGGGGGUCUACUACGCCCUGAGCAAGUUCCACCCAGCUCUGGUCAGCACCGUACAGCACCUGGAGAUCGUCAUCACCAUGGUCCUGCAGCUCAUCGUGUUGCGGAUCUUCCCAGGGGUUUAUGAUCUUCUUGGGGGAGCUGUUAUCUUGGUUAGUGUUUUUUUCCUUACGUGUCAUAAACUGUCCUGGAAGAACUUACGAAGACAAGAUUAUCAGGAGAUUGUGGAUUCUUCCAUUAAAUGAACUGUGAUUUUGCCAUCUGAUUCUGGCUGUGUAAAAGUACCCUAUUUCAGUUCUGUGGUGUUCUAGCAUAGCGGCCAGGUCCUCUCUCUCUCCUGUUUAAAAUCACAGCUGAUAUAGCAAUGUUGGUAUUUCCAGACUUCCACAACAGGUGAAUUCGUUCUAGUGCGUACAACCAGUGACAUUUUGUCCCAUGAGAAAAGGCUGUUUGUCUCCAGCACGGAGGCUGCGUGAGCAGAGGCCCCGGCUGGCCCUCGGGAGUGCAGGCCAAGCCAUGCACGCUCUGCCUCGCCUUCCCCUCACAAAGCAGCACAGAGACAGAGGGACUCCUUAGUGCCUCUCGUUCCUCUGCACUGCGGCGAUAGGAAAAUGAACAGUAAAACCAUUCAAAUGGUCAACAGGAGCGUUCGUGACCUCUGUAACACAUCUGAUGCUUUGGCUGUAAAAAUUAAAUCAAUAUUAUAUUUCUGUAGUUAAAACUUGCAUUUCCUGUGUGUAUAAAGAGUGAGUCAGUAAAGCUUUUUGUGCUUCAUCAUUAAAUUUCCGUCUGAAUCAGUGCAGGAAGCCCAGACCUCCUGCAGGGGAAAAGAGUGCCCAAAAAACGGCACUUCCAGCUGUGCCACAGCUGUGAGAGAAAGGUCCCCGAGGA